AUGAGAAAGAUUUGGUCCCUGAGAAAAGAGAGAGACAAGAGAAAGAGCUUGUCUAGCACCCAACAGCUUUACACACAAUCUGAGAUCAAUCAGCAGCAAAACCUUACUCAGCACCAUAAUGCACCACAUCAAACAGCCCAACAGAUCCCCGAUUACGAUGCCUCUAAUCAAACCAUCACUGAGGAUUUCAAUGACGAUUACUCCACGUUAGCAAAUUCCACAAUAACUUCUAUAAAUGAAACUAGCUCAUUGCUGAAUUAUCCGGCUUCAACAAGAUCAGUGUCUGCAUUGGCUAAAUCCGACUAUGACUCCAAAUCAAUCAAACUGUCUUGGCUAAACGUGAUGGUCAAUGCCGCUUCAGCGGAUGAGAUCAGUGAACGCACAUUGAAGCUUUUUAGAGCAGAAUUGAAAGGUUCCCACUUGUAUUUGUUUAAGCCACAUCCAAAUUUGAAUAUCAAAAGUUUCAGACUCACAUCUAAUUCAACCACUUCGCUUACCUCCACCCCAACCACUGAGUUCUUCAAGCACGGAAAUAGCUCAAACAUAACAGUUCAAGAUAUCGUUUCUGCGGACCCAUUGGCAUCAGUUGAUUAUGCGAUUACUUAUUUCGAUACAACGGUUCCUCAUCCAGAUCUCAGUUACGAUUUUGAAGCACAUCAUUUCACAGCGUCUACUGCAUCAAUUCAAUUAGCAUUUUCUUCUUCAGCAAAGUCCAAUUCUAUCGAGUCCUUGAUUCACUUUAUUUUGUUUAAUGUGGAUGAGCGUGAUAACAAUUCGGUGAAGUCAAUUAUCAACACAAUGCCGAUCUUGCCAACAUUUGGAAAGAUAUUAAAGUUGAUUUGUUCAUUUUUGACGGCAAUCUUUGGUAAGAAAUUCAACGGAGCAUACAACCUGAAUGUUAUAAUCGAAAGAAUUUUGGAUCUUCUUUACAACAUUGAAGAGAAUUUCAAUGGCUUCCUCUUGAAAUCAGAUGUUGCUCCUUACAUUUUGAGAAUAUUAGAAAUUUAUGAAAGUGAAAUUUCAAAAAUUCUGGAGUUUAAGAGAGUAAUGCUUUCGAAGCAGCAAGGGUUGAUUAAUCUAGUUUCCAACGAUAAUCUCAUGAUUGCAGAUAUAAACCCAAUUCAGGAAUUAAGUUCAUUAGUUUUCAUGAACGAAUUAAACUUGAUUGACUUUGCUACUACGAUCAGUGCCAUAGAUCUUAAUUUCUUUAAGAAGUGGAAUUCCAAUAUUGAUAAAUCAUUGUUGUUGUACUCUUCAAUUAAUAGUGGACUUGAUACCAGUUCUAAUCCAGCAGCAGUUGCUUUUGAUUUCUUUUACAAGAAGAACCCCUUGAUUUUUAAUAACGAUCAUCACAUUCAUUAUUUGUCUAGACUAUUGAUCAACCAUUUGUUCAUUGAAAAUUCUCUGGUCAAUACGCCAUCUACAAAUUCAUCUGGGCUCAGUUCAUCUGUCUUGGAACGUAAGGCUCGUCUUUUGGAAAAGUGGAUUGAUUUGGGAUGUUUGCUUGAUAAAUCAGGGAAUAUGUCUUCAUGGCUAGGUAUUUCUUCCAUAAUUUUAUCUCAACCAGUUUUAAGGUUAACUAAGAUAUGGUCUCUAGUUUCCCCUGAUUACAUCAAAUUAUUGAAGAACGAUUGGUCACCUGUCCUUUUCGAAUUAGAUAGAAGAUACUUGGCAAAUGGCUCACUAAAUUCUGAUAAGUUGAACUCAGCUACAUCCCCUAAUACCCCCAACCCUGCUUCUAAUAACGAUGAAGAUACAAGCCCUAAAGAUUCGUAUCAUAUCAUGGCUCCUAGAGGACUCGGUAAGAUCUAUCCAAAGGAGAAAGUGAUUCCUUAUUUUGGUGACUUAUUGAUUAACAAUUCAGUUGGCUCCACCAGUAAUAUCUUGGAGUUAGAAUCAAUUUGGAAGAGGAUCAAUUACUCCUUCAACAGGUGGAAUGAGUAUUUAUCUAAUUUGGUCAAUUACAAUGAGAUUAUCAAGUACAAUGAUGAUGUGUUGAGACGUUAUGAUAGCAUGGGUUUUAUAUUUUCUAACGAGAGCUUGAAUCAAGUGUUAUAUUUGGGAGUCAAUAGUGAUGACGCUAAGUCUUUACCUUCAAACUAUGACGCAGAGUCAAAAGACAGCGACAGCUCUUUCCAGGAAGUAAAGGAAAAUCACGAAUUGCGGAACAAAUUGAUUAGAUUGAUAGAAGUGAAUUGUGAUUCUAUCAAUUUGGAGAGCAUUAUGAGAUUAUCUUUGAUUUUAGAGCCCGAAUUACCCGAGGCAUACUUGAAGUGCCCAUCAGCACAAGGUCCAGAUGUUAGUUUCAUGAGACACAGAAACCUAAGCUCUUCGAAUAUAUCUUUGCACUCCAAUGAUUCUACAACUUCCUUGAACGCUCCGUCUAUUUCAAACUUUAAUGGGAACGAUGGACCUUCAGUGUCCGAUACUCCGGCUUCAAGAAUACCCACGUUUAACAAUAAUUAUUUCAAGAUCAACUUAUCCAAAUAUGAUGAAUUGGUAAAUGUGAGCACCAACAGCUCCAGCGUGAAGGACUCCAAACUUCAACAACUUCUCGAUCCUUCAGCGAAUAAGCAAAACUUGGUCAUUGAUAGUGAAUUGACAUUUAGAGUCGACGAUUUUGUGAGUGGUAUUGAUAUGGCAAACUCAACAGCCUUGAAUGCGUUGGAUGAUGUGGACAAUGAUGACGAUGAAGAUGAUGUUCCUGGUUUAGGCAUUGAUGUGGAUGAUAUUUUGAAUUCCGAAAAAUUCAAUAACUUCACGAUGUCACCUAAUCCGAACGCAAGUAACUCUGAAGUUGAAAAUCCAGCUACCUCAACCGCACCUAAUGUGGGGACAAAGAAGCCCAAUAAUUACAGUGUUAUCUCAUCUGAAUCAUCGAAUGGAAUUGGCGCUCCCCAAACAUACAGGUAUAUCCCAAAGUAUGCCAGCAUUGACAAGUUGAUUGAUCUACUUUUGAUAGAUUCUAAGUACUUUGAUGAAAAUGUCUCGAUGGAUUUGACUGAAUACAGAUUUGUGUUUUUGCUCAAUUACAAUUCAUUCAUCACUACCAAGGAAUUGUUAGACAAAUUAGCUCACAGGUUCAUCAAUUCAGGAAAUGCCGUGAUUUCAGUUAUGAAGAAAUUGUACAUUCUUAGAAGUAUGGAUGGAAGUAAUGGUGAACCAUUGUCCUACUCUCAGCCAAAGAUUAAUAUGGAAUUUCCAAACUGGUCUUUGGAUACUGAGGUAGACUUGAAUGAAUUAGGUGAUGUCGACUAUGAAUUGCUUCUCAAGAUUCAAAUUAACAUUUUGAAGGUCUUGAUAGUUUUGAUAAACAACUUCUACUCUAAUUUUUCAUUAGACUUGGUGAACAAGAAGAUCUUAAUUAAAUUAUUAAAAUUAUUCAGCAAUGAAAUCUUGCAAUGGUACAACUCGAACAAGAUUGAUCCUACACUUGAAAAGUCAUUUGAAAGCUUGGUCAAUUACUACAAGAAAUUGAAGAAACUCUUCGUGAAGAAAACUUAUAGGCCAAUUGAAAUUCUGAAAUUUGAUGAAUAUCUCAUUAAUGAAUUCAGAUUCAGUAACUCGUUGCACGAAGUUCCAAUGAACAGGAAUUUACCUGGACACAAAAAUGUUAUCAAGAUUGAGAAGUUUUUAUUGAAGUUUAACAAGUUAUUAGCUGUGUUCUACAGGGGGAUUAGAGCUGAAGAUUGGGACAAGGUGUUUAAGAUAUUGGAAAAUUCAUUUGAGAACAACGCCCUUCUUGAGUUCAAUUUACAGAAGAAUAGUGUUAAUGAUGAAAAUCUUUUGAUUUCCAAUAUUUUUAAUUAUUUUGAGUCAUUAAUUGAUCCUAAUGAGAAGCAGCUAGUAUUGAAAAAGUUCCCACUUGUUUUCAGAAAGUUGUUUAAACUCUAUUAUAAGUUUAGAAGCUACUUGUUAAUUCAACUCACAGAUUUGAACAUAACAGUGGAUGAAAGAUUGGACCGCAUGAAGACUUUAUUGCUUAUGGUGAAGAUUUCAAAACUCAAAAUGGGAGAUAAUCAGUUUGUUUUUGAAGGUGGAAAAGAUAGCAUACCUUCGUGUAUUGAAACAGCGGUCACUAAUGUGAUCUAUUCUCCGGAAAGUAGACUCUUCACUAAUUUGUGGAUAAAGGCUUCUAACUUCUUGAACAAUGAAGACACAAGCCCUAAUACUAUUUAUGAUGACUUAAACCUGUUACUUCCAACUAAUUUGACACUUGGUGAUUUACAAAGUUCAGAACCCUUACUUCCAUGUUUCUGUUGGAUUAUUGAAAAUUUGAUCCUGAUCAAUACGUGUCCAAGUUUCUACAAACAGACAAUCAAUUUUAACAAAAGGUAUUUGAUUUUUAAGUUGAUCAAGGAAUUGAGCAUUGAGGAUGACAAUUCUGUUGAAGCGCAUGAGAAUAAUUAUCAUGAAACCCGAGAGUUUGAUUUCUUGCUAAAGUUAGAUGAGAGUUUGAUUAAUAAUCAAAAUCUUAAAGAAUUUACACUCUUGGAGAAGGAUAAGACCAAACUUUUUAGAGCAGUCUUACAUGACCAACAUAAGCUUUUGAUCCUUGAAAACAAGAAGAAGGUAAUACGCGACGCCAAGGGAUCGCUGGCUAAUUCAAAUUCAGGACCAGGACCCAAUCAAUCAUUGACUAAAAAACCAUCCACCUCCUCGUUAAGAAGACAAUCAUUAUCGUACAAAUCUAGCUCAACAUCAAGAUUCAAGAUUAGUGGGUUGUUCAGUAAAUCAAGACCAUUUUCUUUGAAUGUUUCAGGUUUGUCCAAUUCCGCCGCCGAGAAAAUUGUCUCUUCAAAAGACUUACCACCAGUUGAGCCAUAUAUUGACCCCAAACAAAAGCCAUCAUUGGUGAUUCCUUUGCGUAACAUUAAGUUGUUCCCAGCAUAUUUGUUGCCAUUAUGUUUCAUCAUCGACGCAGAAAAUACUAAUGUUGAUUACUUCUUUCAAGCUCCUAAUGAAAGCGAAUGGAAUGACUGGUUGGUCAAAUUGAAUUAUGCAAAUAGACACUGGUUUUACUCGAGAGCUCUCAAUCUUAAGGCAAACCAUACUUUCACAACUUUUGGGAUUCCAAUUGGUGUGAUAUGUAACCGUGAACAAUCGAUUGCUCCUAGGAUAUUGACAAUAAUUUUUGAAGAAAUCGAGAAAGAGGGGUUGAAGGAUGUCGGUAUUUACAGAAUUAGCUCUUCUAUUAGCGAGUUAAAUAAUGUGAAGUCUAUCAUUGACAAGACAGGAACACUUAACUUGCAAGAGAAAACUUACGAUGUGCACACACUUACCAGUGUGGUGAAGUCAUAUUUCAGAGAAUUGCCUGACGCUUUGUUUACUGAUAAAGUCAUUGGUGCAUUUUUUGCGUUGAAGCAACAUAAUUUGGAUGAACAGACUGAAGAAUCGAAGAUAAUUGAUCAAUACAAGGAAACUCUUAAAAUGUUACCAUUGGUCAACUUUCACACAUUACGUUUGUUGUUAAAGCACUUGAAGAAAAUCAGUCAAUAUAGCGAUGUUAACAAAAUGACACCAUCCAACUUGGCUACCGUUAUUGGCCCAGCAUUUACGGAAGCUAGUAGUUUGGAUUCCUUGAUCAACAAUUUUGGAUUUAUGAAUUCAAUAUUGGAAAAGUUGAUCAACAAUUAUGAAUAUGUCUUCGAUGACGAAGAAUCUACAGUUGAGCAGUUGCCAGACCCAGAUAUUAUGCUCAAGGAACCCAACUAUGAUGAUUCAGAAGAAGAUACUGAGAAGUAG